ACCUCAAGAAACUCACAAUCAUCUCCACACCCACCAUCGUCUCUCUCUCUUCCCUCUGCAACCACCUACAUCUCUCUACAUUCUUCCCAGUCAGAACGUCACUUCUGAUAAUUGAUGACAAAGGUACACCCAAACGCGGCCUCCGCCAUUCCUACUGCUCUGGCUGAUGAGGAGCUUCCCAGGCCGGCCUGCCACUGCCUCUCAUCGCCGCCGCAGCCUACAGUGCUCACCGUGUGGAAGAAGUCGCUGCUUUUCAACUGCGACGGCUUUACGGUGUUCGACGAUAAGGGGAACCUCGUCUACCGCGUCGAUAACUACUAUGACUCCAGCAAUCGAGCAGAAAUCGUUCUCAUGGACGCCUCCGGCAACUCGCUCUUCACUAUUCGCCGCAAGAGGCUAAGCUUGGCGGACAACUGGGUGGUGUACGACGGAGAGACGGCGGAUCGUCCGCUGUAUUCGGUUAGGAAGCACGUGAGCCUCCUGAAUUCGAAGUCCCUAGCGCACGUGACCUCGCUCCGUGGCUCCGGAGCGAAAGGAUCGAAGAAUGCCAGGGUUUUCGAGAUCGAAGGGUCCUAUGCCAACCGGAGCUGCGUCAUGUACGACGACGUGCGGCGGCGCGUGGCGGAGAUCAAGCGGAAGGAGGCCGUGGCCGGAGGAGUGAUUUUCGGGAGAGACGUCUUCCGCCUAAUUGUACAGCCGGAAAUCGAUCCUUCCGUCGCCAUGGCGAUGGUUAUCCUUCUUGAACAGAUGUUUGGAGGAGGCUCCUCCAGACGCUUUUCCUUCUGAAUAUAUAUAUCCCUUUUUUUACAUGCAAAUUCCUCUUACUAUUUUCCAGAAAUUGAUGGUUUUGAACGAUUUGCUUCCCCCAAUUUUUACUUUUUAUUUUUAUAUAUAUGCAUAUGAAGUUAGCUCUUCUCUCUUUUAGUCACGGGAGAGCCAGCUCCAAGCGGGGAAGUAUUCGUACAUGUGUAGCUGUAAAGACAACUCUAUUUACGAGUUGAAAAAAAAAUAUAUGAUAAGUGUAAUGUAAUGAAAGGGGUGCCUCGCUUUUUUUUU